AUGGGUGUCGGGCGUUUCGUUUGCGUCGCGGUGCCGCUCAUUCUCACAAUCUCGUCCCUCGUGGCCCUCCUCAUCGCCACCUUAUCCGGCGUGGCUCACAAUUCACUGUGGAUAUUCGAGAUCAAUACCCAGAACAUGAGCAUCAGCCCGCUCGACGCGGCGCACUUGGCGGGCAAGGCCGGCCUUGGCCUCCGCGCCAAUGCUCAGACGGACAACAUCACGGCGGCGCAGCUGCAGCUCGCCAACGUCUACCAGGUCCAUCUCUGGGGCUACUGCUACGGCGACGGCAAGAACCAGCGCCAGUGCACAGAAGCCAAGUUCGACUGGGCCAGCCAAGCCCUCAACUCGUCCCUGACGGAGGAGCUGACCUCGCUGACGGGCGUCAAGAUCAAGCUGCCCGACGGGAUCCAGACGGCGCUCAAGACGUUCCGCACCGUGGCCAAGUGGACCGAGGUGGCCUUCAUCGUCGCCCUGGCCGCCCUGGCCGUCGAGCUGCUCGUCGGCGUCUUUGCCAUGUGCUCCCGCGUCGUCUCCUGCGUGGUGUGGCUCGCCUCGGGCGUCACCGCCCUGCUGGUCGUUGCCGCUGCCGGUCUUUCCACCGCCAUGGCCUCGGUGGUCAUUGGCGCGGUGGACGGCACGGCCAAGUACUACGGCGUCAAGGGCCAGAUCGGCGGCCGCUUCCUCGCCGCGGUUUGGCUCGCCGCCGCCUUUGCCAUCGCCGCCGCCUUUUUCUGGAUCUUCACCAUCUGCUGCUGCAAGCCGGAGGCGCGGCGCAGCCAGAGCCGCGGCCGGCGCCAGGUCGACAGCGACGGCGGCGAGAAGCUGCUGCCGGCCGGGUCCUACCGCCCCAUCAGCGGCAAUAACUUUGAGAUGAGGGGCGGCCACCACGACGACAACACGGGCUACUACAGCCCGGGCCAGAAACUGCACGACUUCCACACGGGCUACCAGCCUGGUCCUCGACAUCCUGCUGGCCAAGAGCGAACCGAGCUGGCGUACGAACCUUAUUCUCACAGGGUGUAA